AUGUGGUGGACGACAGCUGUCCUAAUAGCAACCGCGGCGACCGUCGUUUCGGGACAAUACUAUCGCUUAGCGGCACCGCUUAAGGUGGAACAAUCCUAUUUUGCCUAUCAGUUGAAAAGCUUUCGGCAAGCUCUGGAUGAAUGUGCAGACUAUUUGGUGAUUCCGCUCGAAGUCGUCGACCGCCUGCAGGCUCAAAGUUUCGUUACGAAUGAACCGGAACUGAGAUGCUUAAUCCGAUGUGCCGGAUUCAAUCUAGGAUGGUGGAACGACACGGCGGGUGUCCAGAGCCCAGUGAUGGAAGCCUUCUUUCAACCAGCCCCCGGGGACACCUGCUAUGCCGGUCGCACUCGAGAAUGCCUGGAUGCCAAAAUAGCUGUUUGUACUGAUGAUUGCUCCCGAGCUUACGAGACUUUCCUGUGCUUCUUCCAACAAUACGGAAAGCUGAGAUGUACCAGUGAAUACGUUCCACUACCAACGCUGGAUGCUGUCCAGGCAGCUGUGGAAUGCAUCAAUAUCCUGCAAAUUCCGAACGAAUUGCUGGAACAGUACAGCAGGGGAUUGUUCCCGGAAUGCCAAGAAACUAAAUGUCUCUACCGCUGCCAGUACCUCGCCGAGGGAUUGUAUGACACAAGGCAAGGCUUUAACCUACGCCGACUGUACGCCCGGGAGCACGAACAUCCCGAUUUAGAACUACUGAGUGAAAGUACCAAGGCAUGCACGGAAUUAGCUCUGCUGGACAACUGCGAUGAAUGUAGUCGAUUCUACCGGGCCCACCAGUGCUUCGAUCGGUGCGGUGUUCCCGAUCACACGACUGCCAUUUUGGUGCAAGCCGCCUGGGUGGUUCUGGAGCAAAAAGCAUGCCAACGGGUAAAUCCGUUCUAUCUCUUCCCUCCGUACGCUCCACUACAGUCGUACGUUCCGCUGCAGCAGUACGUUCCUCGCUACGUUCAUCCAUUUCCACAUGCCGCCAGAGGAUGCAGUACCUGUGCUUUGCAGAAGUAG